ACAGUGUUGGCCACGCCACUGGGUUCAUUCAGCAUUCACCCGCCUCUCGCCCACAUCCCUAUCCGCCGACCCACCCAUCCCCUCCCAGAGUCCCGUCCUCCUCAAAGCCCCCACCUCCACUCCACUGCAACGGGCGUCCCCCAGGCCAGUGCCUCACUCACUCACUUCGCUCCCAUCGCUCUCCCGGCGUCGCCUGGCCAACACUCACCUAUAGCAUACGAGGCCGGCUACGCGCGUGCUGCGGGUUGGAAAUACGAGAAUGGCGUCUCGUGGCAACUUUGGCCCCGCCGCCGCCGGGCUGCUCUCCUUCGUGCUGCUCCUGCUGCAGGUCUCUGCGGGCGCGGCCGGCGACUGCCACUUCCCGGCCGUGUUCAACUUCGGCGACUCCAACUCGGACACGGGCGGGCUGUCGGCCCUCUUCGGGGCCGCGCCGCCGCCCAACGGCAGGACCUUCUUCGGCGCGCCCGCCGGCCGGUACUGCGACGGCCGCCUCGUCAUCGACUUCAUCGCUGAAAGCCUGGGAAUACCUUACCUAAGCGCGUACCUCAACUCAGUGGGAAGCAACUUCUCACAGGGAGCCAAUUUUGCGACAGCUGGCUCGUCGAUCAGACGACAGAACACAUCUCUGUUCCUCUCCGGUUUCAGUCCCAUCUCCUUGGACGUGCAGUCCUGGGAAUUUGAACAAUUCAUCAACAGAAGCCAGCUCGUUUACAACAAUAAAGGUGGUAUCUACCGGGAGCUCCUGCCAAAGGCCGAGUACUUCUCGCAGGCACUUUACACCUUCGACAUCGGCCAAAAUGACAUCACUGCUGGUUACUUCGUAAACAUGACGACUGAACAAGUCGUAGAUUUCAUUCCUGAUCUCAUGGAGAGGCUCACAUCAAUUAUCCAGAGUGUGCACUGGCUCGGAGGAAGGUACUUCUGGAUCCACAGCACAGGGCCCAUCGGCUGCCUGCCUUACGCGCUGGUUCACCGUCCCGACAUCGCCGAGCCCAAGGACGGCAUCGGCUGCUCGGUCGCCUACAACAAGGCCGCGCAGGUUUUCAACCAGAGGCUGAAAGAAACCGUGGCUCGCCUCCGGAAAGCCUAUCCUGACGCCGUGUUCACCUAUGUUGAUGUCUACACCGCCAAGUACAAGCUGAUCAGCCAAGCCAGGAAGCUAGGCUUCGACGACCCUCUGCUCACCUGCUGCGGGCACGGUGCAGGCCGGUACAACUUCGACCAGAAGGUCGGGUGCGGCGGGAAGGUACAGGUGAACGGGACGUCGGUGCUGGUGGGGAAUUCCUGCGAUGACCCGUCCAGGAGGGUGAGCUGGGACGGCGUCCACUUCACAGAGGCUGCAAACAAGUUUGUGUUUGAUCAGAUCGUUGGCGGCGCGCUCUCGGACCCGCCAGUGCCUCUAAGACAGGCUUGCCGAAGCAAAGGGCAAUGAACUAUAUAAGGGUGUAUCAUUGGUCAGGUUGGCUACGCUGUUGUUGCUGGCUUUUGUAAGUGUACAUUGCUGAAACAUGCUCGAGUCCUUUUGUUCCAUGAGAAAGAGGGAAAACAUCACAUAAGAUUGCGUGUCUUUAGAGUUCA